AGAUCAUCCACUCUGCUGUUGUCAACAAGGCAUUCAUUCACAUCUACUACCAAAAUCAGACUUUUACCAUGCAGAUAUAUGUCGGAAUUAUCCACCGGAAGCAGCACUCCUCAGCUUUCUCAGCGCUUCCAACUAAACAAAUCACCAUCUGCAGCCUUGGCUCACAAUCCUUCCAAUGGAUCAAUUCAAAACCAACUUUCUGCUGAAGACUUGGACGGUGAAGUCAAACUAUCAGAAGUUAAUGUGAAAAAAGAACACCCAGUCAUUGAGCAGUUUGUUAACAACAUUAUGAAAAGUGGCAACAAAGCUGUUGCUCGCCGUAUCAUGAGUGAUGCCAUGUUGUAUAUCCAGACCCAGACCCGCCAAGAUCCUCGUUCCGUCAUUGAUGCUGCUGUUCAAAAAGCUUCACCCUUUGUUAAAGUCGUUUCGUUUAAACGCAGGGGGAAAAACGUGCCUACUCCGUUUCCUCUUACCGAUCGUCAGCGAAACCGUACUGGAAUCUUGUGGAUCCGUGAUGCUGCUCUCAACGGAAGAAGCUCACAAGCAGCUGGUGUGCGUAUUGGCAAGGAACUGUUGGCUAUUUUGGAAAACAAAGGUGCUGUUUUGCAAAAAAGAGAGCAAGUUCAUAAGCUUGCAUUGGCCAAUCGCAGUAAUGUUAUCAUGACUGACCGCAAAUUAUAAUUUUGGAACAAUCAAGAUUUGGCAUACAACUCUUGUAUAAACUACUUUGUGAAGUUGUACACGACAAGCCGCAUACUGUGAUUUGGCUUGAAAGGUGAUCUAGACAUGCAGAUCUAACCCUCGAAUGAUUUAUCAUUUGUAAGAGUCGAGUUUACCAAAUGAUCCAUCAACAGAGUUACACCAAUAAACACCAUCAUAC